UUAUCCUAAAGGCGGCGGAGAAGUGGUCUUCAAAGUGGAUCCGAUUCGUGAGAUCAGAAGCGUUCAAAUGACAGAAUUCGGGGAAUUGACGAAAAUCAGUGGAUAUUCUUUUGUGGCCGGAGUUCUGCCCAUCAAAAUGUCUCACUCUAUGGCCGACUCAGCCAUUAAUCUGCUUCGGGAGGCCUUUCCUGGUGUUCCCAUCGAUAUUAAGAGAGUUCAUGAAAAUAGGGACAAAGCUUUUGGUAAUGGAUCCGGAAUUGUAUUAAUCGCCGAAUCGUCGAAUGGGUGUCGUGUGUGUGGAUCCGCUUUAGGCAAACAGUCGGUCAGUACGGAAUCGGUCGGUGAGAGCGCUGCCAAAGACCUCAUAGAAGACAUGAGUUGUGGUGCAGUUGUCGACCGUUACCUUCAGGAUCAGGUGAUCAUUCAUUGCAACCAU